ACUGUUGUGGGAUGAUGGAAAAACACCCAGUGCGAGGGCAGAAUUGAGAACUAGAAAAGGGAAUCUGUGUCUGUCUGGAACUCUUGUAUGCUGCAGUGUCUGUACUGCUGACUGGCGAGGAAAGUCCAUGAUUGUUAUUAUUUUUUUAAGGCUGCGAAAUGGGCGGUGACAAAACAAUUGAGUUGGUUGUCUGAAUUUUUUUUCUCCCUUCUUUUUUCCUUUGUUUAAAAUGUGAGCUCACGCCACAACUGACUGUCACUUCCUGGCUCUGGUUUCAUACAUGUGUGGCAAGAAAAGUCAAUGCCAGUGUUUGCUGGGAGGCUCAUGUCACUCCACAAACUCCAUCAAGAGAAGAAGAGGCACCUCCAAAGAGCUUAACACUUGGGGAUUGCUUCUUGAAAAGAUAGCCCAAAUGAAGGACAUGUUUGUUGGAUGAUCCUACGCAUGGUGGCAACAUGUGCAAUUCCACUGAUAUGCCAUAUGAAGACAGCCGGCAGCUUCUGGUUGUUGUGUACAGCGUCAUUUUUGCGGUGGGACUCCCAACCAACUUCUUAACAGCCAUCCUCACCAUCAUGCAGAUCCGGAGGAAAAACAUCACUGCCGUCUACCUGCUUGGCCUGUCACUGUGCGAGCUGAUGUACUUGAGCACCCUCCCGCUCUGGAUCAUCUAUGUGCAAAAUGACCACAAGUGGACAAUGGGGAUGCAGUCAUGCCAUGUGACCGGCUACAUCUUCUUCUGCAACAUCUACAUCAGCAUCCUCCUCUUGUGCUGUAUUUCCGCCGAUCGUUACGUGGCGGUCGUACAGGCCCUGGAGAGCCGGGGAAAAUGGUAUCGGAGCCAAACAACUGCUACUGUGAUCACAGUUGCUCUCUUCACUAUGGUUGCGGUGAUCUAUUGCCCUGUGUUUUUUGUGGAUAAGAGCACCACGUGCUUUGAAUCACCCUUCAACCCUCAGUUGGCCUAUUACAAUGUCUCCCGCUUCUUUGUGGGCUUUAUUGCCCCUUUGCUGCUCCUGAGUUUCAUGAACUACAAAAUCUUCCAAAGCAUUAAGACCAGCUGUAGCCUCAGCCCACUGCAGAAAGCCAAAGUGAAGCGCCUGGCUAUUGCUGUCAUUGUCAUCUUUCUUAUCUGCUUUGCUCCCUACCACUGCAUUCUGCUCAUACGUGCCAUCUUCUACUUACUGUACCCAAAUGAGAACUGUGGUUUUGAGAAAAAGAGCUACACCACGUCAGUGGUGUUCCUGUGCUUUUCCACUGCCAACGCUGCAGCUGACCCGUUCAUCUAUGUGCUGGCCAGCGAAAAUGCCAGAAAGGAAAUAUGCCGAACUUUCCAGUUCUGUGGGUUUCAGCUCUCCAGUGGUUCGCAGACAGAGAUUACCAAGGUUCAGGAUUCUCUUCCUCAGAUAUCUCCACGAAAGGAGACACUUACAGAUGGAAAUCCACAGAACAGGUAGCACAUCUUUCCUCUAUAGAAGCUCCAGAGUAGUAAGAAGAAGGAGAUAAUACUCUGACAUUUUUCCUUAUUGGCUUGAGGUUAAGAAAAACCCUGCCUGCUCUAGAAAAGAGUGUGAGUGAUGAAUAGCCCUUUCAGUACAUCAUGGUUGUUUACAAUGGGAUGAUGUCAUGACAUUUGGAUUUGCAGCUGGAUCUGAACAUGUUGCAGAACAUGAUGAUAUACUGGAAAUGAGACACAUAGAGGAUUCAAACUGGUGGGCCAGACAACACAGCUCAUGGGUGGUCGAUAAUCUGAUUAUCAUCCUCUGGGUUAAGAAAGCAAGACUGAUGUAUAGCUGUUUAAGACCAUUUUAAAUGAAGAGAGGAAUAAUAAACACUAUUGCCUUUCUGGGGUCAUUUAUUGUAUCAUGCUGAUUCUUGUCCAAACGUUGGUGUUGUCUUAAAUAAAUGAUCUAAUAUUUUACUGUUUA